AGCUGGUAGACAAGAGGCUGGCCCCGAGCCCAGGGAUGGCCAGGCCUUAUAAAGCACCGGCAGUCGGGGCCCGGCACGCUCCCCCGGAGCCUGCGCCCGCACCCUCUCCUGUCCACCCUGCCCGCCCGGCCGGGGCCCGGCCGCCCGCCCGUGGAUGAGCCACAGGACCUCCUCCACCUUCAGAGCGGAGAGAAGCUUCCAUUCCUCCUCAUCCUCCUCGGCCUCGGCCUCCUCAGCCUCCCACGCCCUCCCGGCCCAGGACCCGCCCAUGGAGAAGGCCUUGAGCAUGUUCUCUGAGGAUUUCGGCAGCUUCAUGCGGCCCCGCUCGGAGCCCCUGGCCUUCCCAGCCCGUUCCGGGGGGCCAGGCAACAUCAAGACCCUCGGAGACGCCUAUGAGUUUGCAGUGGAUGUGAGCGACUUCUCACCGGAGGACAUCAUCGUCACCACCUCCAACAACCACAUCGAGGUGCGGGCUGAGAAGCUGGCAGCUGACGGCACGGUUAUGAACACCUUCGCUCACAAGUGCCAGCUGCCGGAGGAUGUGGACCCCACAUCAGUGACCUCAGCUCUGAGGGAGGAUGGCAGCCUCACCAUCCGGGCGCGACGCCACCCACACACAGAGCACGUCCAGCAGACCUUCCGGACAGAGAUAAAAAUCUGAGGGCCUCCCCUUCCCCACCCUCCCCCACCCUGUCCUCCCUGGCCUGCCAGAGAAGCUUUCCUAACCCCCUCAUGACAGCCUCCAGGACAUCUCAGCCCAGGCUCCAGGCCCUGACACCCCCCAGACCCCAGGUGGGUCAUCCCCCACAACUAAGGCCUUCUGCUUUGCCCAAGGCAGGCCAGGGACCCCCCCUUGCCCCACCCAUGGCCCCCAGAUUACAGAUGUGGCCUCUUUCAGUUAAUCCAGAAUAAAGGGAUUGGGAUGGGGAAAGGGCAAUCCCAGAGAAGCCACUUUGGGGAAGGGGGAUUGGAACAGCAGGAUCUCUGGGCAAAUAAUCUGCCGGACAGACAGAUGGGCAAAUCCUUUGAUCUAUGGAGUCUCUGCAGGGCAGGGGGACCCGUGACCCCUUGGCGAAGGGGCGCAG